AUUUGCCCGUUUCAGAGACCUUAUUCUCAAGGCCUAACUCGUUCGGCAGUGAUGGCGACUGUGGGAGCGUCUGCGUCCCUGCAAGAAUUUAUAGCAUCCUUGGACGAAACUUGUCUACCACGAAUUCUACAGGUUUGCUCCGGGGUGUAUUUCCAAGGAUCUGUAUAUGAGCUUUCGGGGAGUGAAGUGUGUCUGUCUACUGGCGAUAUAGUGAAAAUUAUAAGAAUACAUCUUUUGGCGGUGCACUGUGAGGACAUCAGCACCAAAGAAAAGUUUGAGCUGCCCCUUACACAUACAGGUCUUUUCAAACUCGUUCCUGAGGAGAUGCCGUACAACACAGUGGAAGAGAUGGUGAGCCUUAGGCCUGAAGGCUUGAACUCCUGUCUCCCCUUUACCUUCACCAGCCGCUGUGAGCUUACCUUUGAGAACUUCACCUUGGGGGCUGGGAGACGGGUGACAAUACUGUCCAUGGAGGAGAGGGAAGGGCAGGAGACUCAUGUUCGCAGCCUGGUCCAAGGGCAGCAGGGAUCCACAGCAGAAGUGCUGGUACCGCUCACCUGCCGUGGAGAGUUUUACGAGUGUGACAGCGACCAGUGCUACACUCUUCAGGAGAUCAUGUCUUCGCCCCAUCUUUGUAGCCGGCGGUUUCGUUUCUGCAAAACCACAAUGUGUGGUGGACCUCUUGUCCUUAGUCCCAUUUACCAGGUCCAUGCUAUCAUGCACUUGAGAAAAGACAUAGUAAAGUUCCCUUCAACUUUAGAAGUUGAUGUGAUGGAUGUAACAGAGCAAAGCCAGAGCCUCACCUUUGUCAGCCCGUUCACUCUGUCUGAGGUGCACUCCCAGCCCGAAGACACCUUUCCCACCAUGGCUGAAAUCCUGGAGGGCCCAGAGACCCAGCCUCUAUUUCUCUGCAGCUGGCUACCAGAACUCCGCAAGGGUUCCCACCUGGUGCUUCACAGGCGAGGUACAUCGCCCAUGGUCCUGGCCACCAGCCUGAAGGGUCGGCGGGCACAACAGUUCUUCCUGGUGUCUCAGAACUACGGAGGGAGGUUGCGGCGCCGGCCCAGAGAGUUCAGCUCUGUGUAUGAGCUGUACAUAGCCCUGACCCACACACCGAGCCUCCUUGUGAGCGUGACCCGGCACUGUGAGGAGGUGGAGGAGGAAGGUAUCCCUGCACUCAGUGUUGGGGAGCAGCUGGCGGUGCUGCGGGUUGCGAAGGUGAAGCUGGCCUGCAAAGACCAGAUGAAGACGGUGGAGGCCCUGAUCUGCAAACGGUCCACAGAGAUGGACGAGGACGAGGACGAGGAGGAUGAGAUCGAGGAGGUCUCUCUACCACUAUACAUGCAAGGUCACUUUGUGGAGAAAAUAACAGACAAUAAGAAGAAUAAACUCGCGGAUCUUUGCCAGAGCAAAGCUUUGCCGUUGGAUGUUAAGGUGGUGAACCGUGACGCUGGUAUGGAGACGGAUCCUCUUAUGGGCUUCCCCUCGCUCAGACUUGAGGAAGCUACCCUGGAGCCCACCAUCGAAGCCAGCCUACCAGGAAGUCCCGGACAGACCUUUGAGAUCCCCAUCCGUUGGCUCAACAUGUCUCUGUCAUUCACCAGUGACCCACUGCCCUGGCCCAGUGGUGAGCCCCCCACGUGUCACCUAGAGACUGUUAAAGAGGUGACAGACUCGUUCUAUUAUGAGUUUCGCAGGUUAACGACAUCAGACGAGCCCCCACCACCACGCCCACCCAAGCGGAUACCUGUGCUGGACUCUAAACCUUCUAAGAAAAAAGGAAAAUCUCGCUCUGGGGAAAAAGCCAGCAGUGCAACCAAAGACAUGGGCAAGUUGAGCCUUGACAGUGACAAGCAAAAGAGGCCACCAGCACAUCCACUUCCAGACAAACUAAGUGAAAGCCCUCCCCGACUGAACCCUAGGAAACCACUCAAAGCAGCAACAACAGGCAAGGCUAAGCCAAACACAUACGUGAAAGUGGACAAGCAGAAGAAAAACGUGGAUGUAUUUGCAGACAUCGACAGUGACCAUGACUACGAGUCUAUGGAAGAGUACGCACACGAGGUAAAAAAAGCGCAAGGGAGUGUCAUGUUUCUGUGAGCUGUGCAAAAUCACACAAACCGGUUUUAGUUCUAAUGUGUUUGGUGUGAACGUGAGAAUUGUUAAAGACAAAUAUUUUCCAGAAGUAGAUUUGUAUGGCAUAUCAGAUUCAUGUUUUAUGGCAGUUAAAAAAAAGUGUUAUGUAUAACUUGUACUGUGUAUGCAGCUUGCUUUUUAGUUCUUAACAUUUUUUAUUGUAAGUAGAAAGGAAAAAAAUGAUUUAUAGCGAUGUCACAUUAUUUAGGACUGCCAAAAUGGACAUGAAACAGAGAGAAUAUAUAUUUUUAUGUUGGACCACUGGUCAAUGAAACAAUCUUUUCAGGUCUCAUAUUUAAAAAUACUCUUUGAGGAUAUAUAGAGUACUAAAACUAGAGAUUUUUGUUCCCCAUGUUAGUUCCUCAUCUUAAUCAUUUACAUACUGAGAAAUACUUGUCACCCUUUUUGACAGCAUCUUACUAAAUAAAAUGCACCAUCUUUGUA